GCGACACGCUAGAAAAAAAACGUUUCCGGAGCGAAGGUGAGGUGGAAUGAAACAAUUUGGUGAGGCGAUAUCAAUUUGAAUGAUAAACCCUAACGGGACCUUCCCGCACACUCUCGCCGAUUCUCUAACGAAGCACAACAUUCACAGCACCACCAUGUCGGCAACGGACCUUCCAACUCUCUCCUUUCCAAACAACACGAUGCUUGUUUCCUCCAUAGCCGAAGCUCUCAUUCUUCAAACUGUCAUUGCUACCGCCAAAUCCCUCGCAUACCUUCUCAUAUCGACUGGAUCUCUUCUUACAGAUGUCAACAAUUUGAUGUCACCAAUGGAUGGAAGGUUUCCUUUAGACCAACUGUACAAGGGAAACCAUACUUGUGAAGAGAACAAAGAUGGCAGUGAAACAGAGGAUGAUGACGACGAAGACGAUGAUGAUGAUGUUAAUGACGAGGAUGAUGAAGAUGAUGAGGACUUCUCUGGCGAUGAAGGUGAAGAAGAUGCUGACCCUGAGGAUGAUCCUGUGCCUAACGGUGCAGGGGGGAGUGAUGACGAUGAUGAGGAUGAUGACGAUGACGACGAUGAUAAUGAUGAUGAUGGAGAAGAUGAGGAUGAAGACGAAGACGAGGAUGAAGAUGAAGAUCAGCCACCUUCUAAGAGGAAGAAAUGAUUGAUACUAGUAGGUAAAUUGUUUUCUUCCUGCCUUUUGAGCACUUUCUAUUUUGUAGUAACAUUUAGUUAUUGGGAUGCUGUGACCUGUCGAUCCAUCUCGCCUAUGGCUAACCUUAAGAUUUUCAAACACCGAUUAUUAUGUUAUUAUUAUGUAUCUGCUGUUAUUAUUAUUGGUGUUGCUUGUCCUA